AUUACCAGCAUGGAGAGUCAAUCAACAUGCCUUCCAAAGCUGCAUUUAGUGAGCCUACACUCUUCAGAAAGAAACGAGGUGCCAAGAAGAAGGCAAAGUGGUCAUGCAACAUAUGUGGCAAAGGGUUUCUUCAUAAGGGAAGAUAUCUUCUCCAUACUCGACUUCACAAGCAGGUGAUUCUGCAAUGUGAGAUGUGUAAAGAUAGAUUUUCUACUCGAGAAGAUAUCAACAUUCACCAACAAGAUACAGGACACACAGGAUUAGGAAUCAUAGAAGUGGAGAAAGAGGGUGAGCAGGUUGAGUUUAAAUGUCCUCAUUGUCCAAAUCGAACCUUUGUGACCUCAGAAGGUUAUAAUAAUCAUGUUGCAAGCAUGCACGAAGGUCAGAAACCAUAUGCUUGUGCCACUUGUGGAAAACGGUUUACUUAUCAACAUAGCCUUCGUAAUCAUUAUGCAUUACAUGAGCCACCCAAAGAGGAACGAGAAUAUCCUUGCCCUACAUGCGGGAAAGUAUUCACACAUCCAAGCUCACUCAUCUAUCAUCGAGAUUCAACACACAAUAAUGGGCGCAUGUUUGUGUGCCACAUUUGCAAUGCAUCUUUCAAGCACAAGCAACUCCUUCAAAGACAUUAUAGCGUUCAUUCUGAAGAGAGACCAUACCCAUGUGAAAUAUGUCACACAGCCUUUAAAACCAGAGGAAAUUUGUACAACCAUAUGAAUACCCAUACUGGCCUUAAGAAAUUUACUUGUGAAAUAUGUGGAAAGCAGUUUAAUCACUUGACAUCCCUUACGCUUCAUGUUAGAUCUCAUACGGGUGAGAAGCCCUUUAAGUGUGACCACUGUGAUAAAAGGUUUACCCAGAAUGGCAACCUUCAGGAGCAUAGAAGAAUUCACACUGGAGAAAAGCCAUACUGUUGUGAAAGUUGUGGCAAGAAGUUCACAACUUCAUCUCAGUUUAAACUCCACAUGAGAAGGCAUACAGGAGAAAGGCCAUUUGCCUGCACGUACUGCAACAAGGCUUUCCUGCACCGAGAGGCAUGGCGCACACAUGAGAGGAAGCAUAGCGGAGAGAAACCUUAUGUGUGCAAAACCUGUAAUAAAGGUUUUACAGAGCAAUAUACACUCAGAAAGCAUCAGCGCUUGCAUACAGGAGAAAAGCCUUAUAUAUGCAAUGUAUGUGGAAAAGCAUUCAGCGAUACCUCCAACUUGCACAAACAUCGCAGGUGUCAUAGAGAGGACGAAGCUUGGCUACUUCAAGAACCUGGAACCAUUGAAACAACAGAAGGAGAUCAUCGUAUCAUUUAUAUUUUAUCUGACAAAGAUGAACCUGAUGCAGCAACUCUUACAGCACUACAGGCUGUGGACACUGAAAUGGCCGAGAAUUCCCACCUGGAGAACAUGACAGAAGGAGCAGCACAAAUGAUCCAGCUUAAUCCCGACAGUCAGACCCUGCAGGGCUUUGCACUCGCGACAUAUGACCAGCCAUCCACGGCAGCAGUCAUGCUCCAGGAGGGGGGAGGACAGGAGUCAGAUAGACGAAUUCAGAUUUUUACAAAUGAUGAAGGACAGUCAGUAAUUCCGGUCAUCAAUUCUUCAGGAGAAGCCAUUGGGGAAGUGGAAGGCCAUUUUUUGACAGGGUCGGAUGGAAACACAAACGUAAGCAACCUGAGCAACAGCAGUACGCUUGAGAUUACGCUGAAAGAUGGACAGCCACUCAGCCUGGUAAUUCCAGAUGGAGAAGAUCCCACGCUCUAUGUACAACGGGCUUUGGAGUCGGCUGUCUUGUCCCAGCAGCAGUCCUCCACACAGCAGAAGCCACAACCUAAGCAAACACAGCAUCACCGUCCGCAUCACACCCAGCAGCAAGAAAGUCAUUCACAGUCCGAAUAAAAACAUAUUGUCAGCUAUGAGGACUCUUGCUUGACAGCGAGCACCUGAUUAAGAAAGAAAAAUUAAAGCAGCUAUUCAACAUUUUAUUUAUGUGUAUGUUUGUAUUUUUAUAUAGAUAUAAACACAUUUUCCUGAGAAAAGUCUUGGUGGCUAAAGUUAACAUGACAGAUCUAUGCAACAAGUAUGGUAAUGUAAGCAUGAUGGAUUAACCCACUUGAUGGGUUAAGGCUUAACUGUGCUUCUCCAAUGGAUUUUUGUACAUAAUUUUUUUUUCAUUUAUGGAAGUAAGAAGUAGCUGAUAUGACAAGAAAUAGGAGAGGACAAGUAAAUUAAAGAUUGUUUUUCGUAUGUGUAAUUUUGUUAUGUGCAUAUGCGUGUGCAUGUCGGAAAAGAGAAACUGCUUUGUAAAAUGAGGAGAUUUUGUGGGAUGAAUGGAAUUAUAAUAUAAGUGAUUUAAGAAACCUUUGUAGCCUUUGAAGUAUCACAUAGCAACAAGUCAAUAAAAGAUAAUAAUGUUAGGA